AUGGUUGGAAAGUUGUUUUUUGUUAUUUUUGCAUUUUUUGUUGUUAAAUCUCACCAAAAUUUAUUAGAUUUAUCACUUGUGGAUGUACCUGAAGUAGGUUUAAUCAAAGGUUUAGUAAAAUACUUUGAAACCAACAAAUCACAAGUCUAUUAUCAGUACAAAGGCAUACCAUAUGCUGAACCCCCAGAAAGGUUUACUAUCUCCCAAGUUAAAGAACCAUGGUUGGGUAUACAUGAUGGUACAGUUGAAGGUAACGUCUGCCCACAAUCAACAGGUGAUUUAUCCUACACUGGUCAAUUUAGUGAAGAUUGCCUUGUGUUAACUGUAACCACACCACUAAACCCCAAUAAUUUUACGUGUACUAAUACCACUACUAGUAAUAUUCCUGUACUUGUUUUUGUCCAUGGUGGGUUUUAUGCCUUUGGAUCAGCGGAAACCAAAUGGUAUGACCCGGAAUUGUUAGUUCAGGAAAAUAUCCUUGUGGUACAGAUACAAUACCGUCUCAGUGCCUUUGGUUACAUCACAGAUGGAAAAAUAAUUCCUAAAAACAUUGGUUUGAAAGAUAUUCGCUUAGCUCUACAAUGGGUAAAGAAGAACAUUGGUUCCUUUGGAGGUGAUUCUAAUAUGAUUACAAUUCAUGGUGAAUCUGCUGGUGCUAUGGCACUUUCAGCCAUAUAUCAAUCUCCACGUACUUCUCAUCUUUGUAAUAAUAUCAUCAUGCAGUCGGGGAAUAUCAUAAGUCCCUUGGCGAUGAAUAAAAACCCUAAACAGGCGUUUCACACAUUAUUAAUGAAUACCAGAUGUGCAAUAACAGCUGUUUUGCCUGUUCAAUAUCAAGUUGAAUGUCUUAAACAGCUUACAAUAUCAGAAUUAAAUCUGGAUGAUGGUGAAUUGUUAUUGUUUCAAGACAUUGAUAACACAGGUGUUAUAAAUGGUAUUGUUGCGGCUUUGGUUAUGGAAGAUGAAAAUGAUCCGGAUGCGAUAAUCAUCAAAUCGCCUUUGAAUCAAUUGCAAAAUAAAAAUUUACCAGAAAAUAAAUCUGUGUUAAUUAGUAUAACAAGUGAAGAAGCAUUUACUUUUGAGGCGUCGUUACAUUUUCUCAGAGGAAAGCCUAAUGCUGGUUUAGUACCAUUGGGUAUGGUAGCUAAUGAUCCUGAUGAUGUAGGUAGGAGAAUUAAGGAGGAAUAUGCAGGGAGUGAAGCAGGUUGGAAUACUGCAAAUAUUUCAGCGUAUAGUAAUUAUAUUAGUGAUGUAAUAUUUAAUGUCCCAUCGCGUUAUUACGCCAAAAUGGCGGCGGGUGUUGUUGAUGAUCAACAUGGAGUGUAUUUUAUGCAAUUUUCAUACACCAGUAUUAUAGGAUUGCUUAAUGAUGGAGAGAAAAGAGUGGGACAUGCUGAUGAUCUUGCUUACACAUGGAAACAAGAGGCUGUUUCACAUGAAACCAUUAAAAAGAACUUUUAUUUGGCUAAAGACAUCAAAAAACGCAAUCAAUUGAAUAGAAUUAUCUCAAAUUUUGUUAAAUAUGGUAAUCCAACUCCAGUGCCUGAACCACUUUUAGACAACAUUUCUUGGCCCAAAAUAAGCGAUUCUGACAAUAUGAGUUAUUUAUACUUUGGAAAUGAAUUACUUGUGAAACAAAAUCCAAAAAAUCAACAUUUUCAAUUUUGGAUGGACAGAUAUGAACAAGAUGGCAAUCCUACUAUAGGAUUAUGA